AAGGAAGAAAUAUAAAGUGAGAGGAUUUGAGUGGUGGGGGGGACUCCGUAGCACUCGCGACAAGCUACGUUCCUGACUUUGGUCGCGGACAGGUCGGCUCAUUUCGACGGUAGAGUCGAACGGUGGUGCAUAACCCGACAACUGAUUCUCUCGGAGUGUUGGUGAAAAAAUUCAAACGUGGAGAAUAUUUGAAGUGUGUUCCUGUGUUCGUAACAACAAACAUAUAUUCUUUCUUUUAUUUAAAGUCGGUGUUUAAAUAAGACAAGAAAAUUGAGUAAUUAGUUGAAAAGUGGGCGAGAAGGAAAAAAAGAAAAGUGUUGUCAUGAAUCGUGGGGUGCGUUAUCGGUAACGAAGAGGACAUACACGAAAGAGAAGGAAUCUUGUCAAUCAAUCUACGAUUUUACUAUAGUGAUAGUUCGUAAUUAGUGUUCCUUCGAUUUAAUCGUCCGAAUUAUUUACAUUUGUUUGUACACUUUAUUUCUUUUUUUACGGCAAAGAGAAGAUUAAAUAUAUCGAAUUUAAAUAACCGGAAGAUUUGUAUACUGCAUUGACAGGAGAAAGAGAGAGAGAGAGAGAGAGAGAGAGAUAGUCAGAUAUUAAAAGGAACAAACCUGGAGGAUGCUUCGAGUUUAUUCCAGUAGGUUAUGAAUUCGGAUACAAAGAACAACUUUAUAAACCAAACGUAUCUGCAACAAAACCAGAUCAUCGUACGAACCGGAUUAUGGCAGAUUUGAAGAAUCUCAGUUUGAGUGGGGGAGGUGGACCGAGGUUCAAUGGCGACGAACAGGUACAAUUUAUUGCCGGUGGAAGUCAUCAAGUGACAAUCAGAUCUCCACCGCCAUCUUUACAUUUGGAGAACCUCAAUAAUGCGGUCUUGGGAGGUUCGCAGAACAAUCUUCAGUGUAGUUGCAAUGGUGUCACAUCAAACGGUUCCGCGGGCACAGCUUGCACGGGAGGUGUGUUAGCAAGGAAAGUUCAAAAUCACAGUGGUGCCAGUCCUGGACAAGGAAACAAAAGGCCGGCUGUUUCGCUGACGCAUCUACCAAAAAGGCCACCGGUUGACAUCGAGUUUAAGAAUCUCGCUUACAGCGUUUCCGAGGGCAGAAAACGAGGUUACAAGACAAUUUUAAAAUGUGUGAACGGAAAAUUCAGAUCUGGCGAAUUGACAGCCAUUAUGGGACCAUCGGGUGCCGGGAAGAGUACUUUGAUGAACGUUUUGGCUGGUUACAAAACGUCUCAUCUGAGUGGAUCCGUUUUGAUAAAUGGAAAGGAUAGAAACCUUCGAAGAUUUCGAAAAAUGUCCUGUUACAUUAUGCAGGACGAUCGGUUGCUUCCUCAUUUGACCGUUCACGAGGCCAUGACGGUGUCUGCUAAUUUAAAAUUAGGAAAGGACAUCAGUGCGACGGCAAAGAAAGUUGUGAUCGAAGAAAUCAUCGAGACUCUUGGACUGAGCGAUGCCAGUAAUACUCAAACUCAUAAUCUCAGUGGUGGACAAAGAAAGAGACUGUCGAUUGCUUUGGAGCUCGUCAAUAACCCUCCGGUUAUGUUCUUUGACGAGCCCACUUCUGGUUUAGACAGCUCCUCCUGUUUCCAGUGUUUAAGUCUACUAAAAUCCUUGAGUCGAGGAGGAAGAACGAUCAUAUGUACGAUACAUCAACCAAGUGCAAGACUUUUUGAGAUGUUCGAUCAUUUGUAUUUAUUAGCCGAAGGACAAUGUAUAUAUCAAGGCAACGUAGGUGGUCUAGUACCAUUUUUAUCUUCGAUGGGUCUCGAUUGUCCAAGUUAUCACAAUCCAGCAGAUUACGUUAUGGAAGUAGCAUGCGGAGAACACGGUGAAUGCGUUCACAAAUUGGUAAUGGCUGUUAAUAACGGCAAAUGCAAUAAUUAUCAACAUCAUCAAGCUGCGAUAGCGGCAAGUCAAACGGUUUCAAAUGAUAUUGCUAAGCAAUCACCUACUCAAGAACAAACUAAACCAGAAGCACCAACUUUGAUACCAAAUGGUGUUGCUAAACCAGCCGCCGAUGGUACAGUCAUUAAUAUGCCAAUUUCUUGCACGACUUCUUUGCUGGACAGUGCUGAAAGCAUAGAACAAAAAGUUGGAUUUCCGACCAAUGGAUGGGUGCAAUUUUGGAUUCUACUUAAGAGAACAUUCCUUUCGCAGUUGAGAGACAUGACAUUAACGAAAACAAGGCUGAUAUCUCACAUAAUCGUUGGUUUUCUCAUCGGUGCUAUAUACUACGACAUCGGUAACGAGGCCUCCAAAGUUAUGAGUAAUGCCGGAUGCGUGUUUUUCACUGUGAUGUUUCUUAUGUUCACUGCUAUGAUGCCUACCAUACUCACGUUUCCUACAGAGAUGGCAGUGUUCGUGAGAGAACAUUUAAAUUAUUGGUAUUCGUUGAAAGCUUUCUACUUUGCUAGAACUUUAGCCGACUUACCGUUUCAGAUAAUUUAUUCCAUAGCUUAUGUGAUGAUCGUCUACUUUAUGACUUCGCAACCAUUGGAGACUGAAAGGUUUCUCAUGUAUCUAAAUAUAUGCGUAUUAACAUCGUUGGUAUCACAAUCCAUCGGUUUGUUAAUAGGUGCUGCUAUGAGCGUCGAGAGUGGGGUCUUCAUUGGACCGGUAUCAUCGGUCCCAAUCGUCCUAUUCUCAGGAUUUUUUGUAAACUUUAACGCGAUACCUUCGUAUUUAACGUUCCUUUCAUACGUGAGUUACAUCAGAUACGGUUUCGAAGGUGCCAUGAUCUCUGUAUACGGUUAUAAUCGUGCGAAGCUCAAGUGUUCCGAUGCAUACUGCCAUUUCAAGAGCCCGACGAAAUUUUUAGAAGAAAUGUCGAUGGAAAACACCGUUUAUUGGGUCGACGUAGUCGCCCUUGUCGGAUUUUUACUCGGUCUAAGGGUAGUCGCCUAUUUCGUCUUAAGGUUGAAAUUACGAUCGCUACGUUGAACAAAUAUUCUAUUCGACUACGUCGACGCUCCGAUGGCAGACAAUAAGAAAAAUAAUAAGAAAGAAAAUAAAAAAAGAGGAAACUAAAGAAAACGAAAUCAAUUUGAAAGUGUUUAACGAAGUCAGAAAAAAAAUUCAAAGGGGGGUGGGGAUGGUGGUGGUGCUGAGUUCGUUCGUGGAUUCAACAAAACUCGCCUAACUAAGAAGAAGAGAAGAAGAGAAGAAGAUGAAGAAGGAUACUUCGAAAAAACGUUUUUAUUUCCUCGAAGAAACUUUAUUCGAGACAUGGAUUACACAUUUUCCAAUGCCAGACACUUUUGAUUUGCACGAUUUUGUCGCGUUAACAUUUUUAUAAUAAAAAAAGAGAUCUCCCAAACGAAAAAAAAAAAAAAAAAAACUUUCUGGCGUUGGAAAAAUAACAUCGAAGUAAAGUAGAUGAAGAGGAAGAAAUUAAAAGAGAAACCACUGUUCGCUUUGUUAUUAAAAUAUGAAACACACACACACACACAAACAUAACAAACAUAAUACACAUACAAAUAGAACGUGUUUCCUUGUGCUUUUGAUAUUAUCCGAAUUUUAUAAUUUGACUUUCUAGAGAUCGAUUCACAAAUGAAGGUACACCAUGACACGUCAUAGAUUCUCAUAUACACACUUGAUACGCAAAUAAAACAACAACAACAACAAAAAGACUGUCAAUCAAACAGAAUUCAAACACACUUGCAGAACAGAGAUAUACAUACAUUAAAUAUACAUGUAUAAAAAAAAAACUGAACAAAAAUCGUCGUAGCUCGACCAUGUGAGUCGAUCAAAUCCUUAGCAGCUAAAAGAAAAAGAGUUUUCAUAGGCCAGGACUAUUUAAAGUACGAAGCCUAAAUGAGAUUUCAUCGAAUUA